GUUCCUUCGUGGAGUGAUCCCGCGGUGCUGUUACCGCGGCCGGUGCUACGCCUGCGUCCCGAGAGAGUGUCGCCUGCCAAAAUGGAGUCGUCCAAGCUCCCACCGGUGCGACAGCAGCAAGAAGGAACACACCCGUACCAUAAUAAUAAAAAUGUUCAGCAGCAUGUGACGCCGCGAGGAGCUGCAAACACGCUGGUGCAAAGACCCACUGGAGAGGCGGCUCCGUCUGUGUCUCACCGACGAUUGGCCGAGGUUGUGACAAGGCUGGCGACCUCUCGAACUUCAUCGCCGCAGCUCCAUGCGCAGCAAUCCAUUUACUCGCUACUGCCCGCGGUGCGAACCAGCCCUGAUCAACGCGACGCGCUGUACCGUCAGCGUCGACGACGGGGAAGCGUUUCUCAUGCCCGAAUGGGGCCCACCGCCGCAGGCCCGCCAACGCAUAUGUCCUUUCAUAACGCACCGUGGGGACCGGCUCUAGUUUCCACAUGGGCGCAUCCAAUGCACCGCAGCACAAACGGCGCCUCGCAGACUGGGCGUUUUGUGGGCGACAGGAAUGUAUUCUAUUACUAG